AUGACGGAUAUAACUAUUGCAGUCGUAGGAUUGGGCUAUGUAGGCUUGCCAUUGGCUGUUGAAUUUGGAAAAAAAAUACCAACGAUUGGUUUUGACCUGUCAGAAAAAAAAGUAAAUAGCUACAGAGAUUUUCUGGAUCCAUCAGGUGAGUUGGCUAGUGAAGAGCUAAAGGCUGCGAGCCUUCUCAAAGUAGCUACUGACCCAGUAGUGCUAAAAGAUGCGGAUUUUAUUAUUGUGGCUGUCCCAACACCUGUUGAUGGCUCUCAUGCGCCAGACUUUUCACCACUGAUUGAGUCAUCUAAAACAGUGGGCAAAUACAUGAAAAAAGGAUCGACCAUUGUCACAUGUUAUGAGUCAACAGUCUAUCCAGGCGCGACUGAGGAUAUUUGUAUCCCAGUGUUGGAGCAAUAUUCUGGAAUGCGGUGGGGCGUAGACUUUAAUGUUGGUUAUUCACCAGAGCGCGUGAGUCCUGGGGAUAAAGAACGGACGGUUACAAAGAUAACGAAAGUGGUGUCAGGCGAUUGCGCCGACACUUUGGAACGCGUGGCAUCUCUUUAUGAAAUGGUGAUAGAUGCAGGGGUUCAUAGGGCAUCGUCGAUUAAAGUUGCGGAGGCUGCUAAAGUCAUUGAAAAUACGCAGCGGGAUUUAAAUAUUGCCUUGAUGAAUGAGCUGUCUAUUAUUUUCGAUAAGGUUGGUAUUGACACUUUAGAUGUGUUAAAGGCGGCUGAAACAAAGUGGAAUUUUUUACCAUUUCGCCCCGGCUUGGUAGGCGGGCAUUGUAUCGGUGUAGACCCAUAUUAUCUGACGCAUAAAGCUGAAAUGAUGGGCUAUCACCCCCAAGUCAUACUGGCUGGUCGUCGUAUCAACGAUAACAUGGCCGAGCAUGUGGCACAGCAAACAGUAAAAAGAAUCAUUCACAGUGGGGUGGCAGUUAAGGAUUCUGUCGUCAUCGUGCUUGGAUUGACCUUCAAAGAAAACUGCUCUGAUUUGCGGAACUCAAAAGUGUCUGAUGUAAUCAAAGAGCUGGUUGAAUUUGGUUGCGACGUUUAUGUACAUGACCCGAUUGCAAAGCCUGAGGAAGCAUUACAUGAUUAUGCGAUGCUCAAACUCGUAGAUUGGGAUGAUUUGCCAUUAAGUGCUUGUGCAAUUGUCGCCGCAGUUUCGCACUCGCACUAUAUGACAUUACCAUUAGAGCAAAUCACCAAUAAAUUAUCCAAGGGCGGUUUGUUUGUUGAUGUGAAGUCUGCGUAUGAUAAACAGGCUAUUGUAGACUCAGGAGCUAAACUAUGGCGGCUAUAA